UCACUGAUUGGCGGCACUGAUAGGCGGCACUAACUAGCAUUAAUAGGUGGCACUGACUAGCACUGGUAGGUGGCACUGAAAGGCAGCUCAGAUGGACACUGAUAUGUGGCACUGAUGUGCAGUGGCAGGCACUGAUAUGUGGCAUUGAUGUGGCACUGAUGGGCACUGGCAGGUGGCAUUGAUGGGCACUGACAGGUGGCACUGCUGGGGCUACAUUGAUCAUCAGAACACACUGAUCAUCAGUGCCCUGAUGAUCAGUCUGUGUUUGGACACAGCUGAUCACAUGACAGAGCCAACGUCU